CUCACCUAUAAAGUUGGUAUCGCUAAAACCGAAGACGAGGCUCAACGGAUUUUCCAGUGGUGCCCAACUGGAAACGACUAUAUAUUCUGGCAGAAUGGCCAUUUGUACUACUCGGAUUCAGCUGAAUCUUCCACGUCGAUAAAAAUUAGCGAUGGCGCUCCGAACUGGGAGCAUGGCAUUUUUGACUGGAUCUAUGAGGAAGAGAUCUUCGGACGAGAGUCAAAGGUCUGUCGAUCCGAAUUUGGGAGUUGCUUUAACCGUUUUCCACAUAACUGA